AUGGGUGAGGGUGGAGAAAAUCAGUCAGCAAAGGCUUAUGGUGAGGGCUCUGAUGCUUAUUAUAGAUGCCAUAUCCAAAAAUUAAGCCUGCUGCAGGGAUACAUGUACAAUCUUUCCCUAAGGUCUCUGGAAGAAACUGUAAACGCUGAGAAAAAUGAAGGUCCUGGGCAGGCUGAGCAUGUGAAUCUGCAGGGAAAAAAAAAACAGCCCUCGGAGAACUGCCGGCUGAAGUAUUUGGAAAGAGGCUCUAAAGAGCUGGGGCUGGAAGGAGGUGUGUGUUUCAACAGAUGGCCCUCAACCAAAAAAGAGAAGACACCACCAUGCAAUCUUGAUGGCCAGGUCUCGGGGGACUCUGAGUUCACCUUGGAAACCCAGAAGGAUUAUGCUGGCCUGGCAGGGAAGGUCAAAGAAGGAAGCAGUCAUGAGGACCGGGACACCAGGAAGUUCACUGGUCCUUGGGUGGAACCACUGUGUCCUGCACAGCAGGUCAGGGCCAAAUCUUCUAAAUGGGAACGACUUUUUCUGCCACCUGAAAACAGCUCACAUGUAGACACAGAGCGCCCGACACCCCUGCAGAGGGACCCCAGGGCAUCUGAGGCAGCACAGGCUGAACAGGGGACCCCUGGGCUAAAACAGCAAAGGACAGGGGGACUCAGCAGGACACCUAGUACACUCCAGCUUCCUUGGGCCACACACACUCCUAUGUCUGGGCCCAAGAAGCCCUUCAGGGAGACUAAAGCAGUGAGGGACAUAUGCCCUCAGGCAGAGGGUGGGCCCUUGGUCAAAGGGACACAGGAUUCGCAGCUCAUGCUACAGUGUGACCUCUUUAACACUGGCAAGGAUUUUGAUGAUGUUCUGUGA